CGCCACGAUGGCGUCACACGCCAAUGCCGCGCGGGCUGCGCGUGAUCAAGGCGUCCUCACUGGCCUCGGAGUUGUGAACAAGGCAAGGUGUGGCGGCGCAAUGCCUGGCGGUGCUUGUCGCUUCAGGCUUCGGCCGCCGUCCCUCAUUCACUGCUGUACACGAGGCUGAGACAGCUUGUUAAGACAACGAUCUCCUUACAUCCAGCCCGAACAUGCUUUCCCGUAAUCCCUGAGCGCAGCGCGUCACUUCGCUUCCCAAGUAAAUAGUGCCGUGGCGGCGGAGCGGCGCAGAAUGUCGCAGGUUAAGUGGCUCGAGCAGUCGACCGUGACCGAGCCGGCGCCUUUAGUGGAAGUAGACGCACAUCUAGAGAUCAACGACAAGUACCGAAGCCGGCUCUAUACAUUCGGCUUCUCCGUGGCGCUGGCUAUCUUCACCAAGGCGCAAAGACAGGAGGUCUUCGCUGCUACUGCCGCGUGAGUAUGCCCUCACGGCCCUCCGUUUUGACUCCGAGUCAUUUUCAAGAGUACCUUACCACUUAUAACGAGAUGCGAUGUACUUCUAUCAGCGCGUUAGCUUUUAUCAUGUACGAUAGUGUGUGGCACCGGCGAAGCGUUGAAUGCUCGAGGUCUGUUCGAUUGUACUCGAUAAGUCAAGUCGGAUUGGGAGCCUCUCAGGCAUAAAUGACGCCUCAGUGGGCAAGG